AUGCUCUCCUAUAAGUACCGGCACAGAGUGAUGAACGGCAGCUGCAAGUUGGGGGAAGCAGCUGGGAAAAUGCGUCUUCAAGAAGAAUAUGAUACUCCUACUCCUACUGACAGGUUAAGCCACCUUCCAGACCCCAUUCUCCAUCAAAUUCUUUCAUUUCUAGAAACCAAAUCCGCCGUUCAAACCUCCGUAUUGUCCCGUGCGUGGAGAUGCGCUUGGAGACAUGUCCCUGCCCUCGAUAUCGUUAGCCUUUUUUUCGAGGAGUAUGGGAGUUUCGUUAGCUUUGUGGACAUGGUUUUGUCCCUUCGAUAUCCUCUCAAUCUCCAUAAGGUAAGCUUCAUCGACAAUGUGUUUGUGAAUGAUAAUGUGUUUGUGAAUGAUGAAGAAAUUGAUGAGCAUCGGAGGUUCCCUAGGGUUAUAGAAUAUGCCCUCGCCCAUAAUGCUCAACAUUUGAUGGUUGUUGUGGACAAGCCUUGGUCGAUCCAGGAAACUUGUUUGGUUAGGUCUGAGUUGAAUUGCAACCUCAAGACUCUAGAUUUAACAUAUGCGUUCCUCGACCGCGUUGGAUUUGGAUCUUCUGGGUUUCAGUCGAUGACAACUCUGCAUUUGCACGAUUGCUUUCUGCAUUCUGAGCAGAAUCUCAUAUGUUUUCCGAACUUUCCUUGUCUGGAGAAUUUGGUCUUGAAUGCCUGCCUAGGCCCCAUUUCUUGUCCAUACCGUCAGAGUAUACAGAUAUCCGUGGUCCCUUUGCGCAGCUUGAAGCUAACCGGAUGCUUUUUUAACAAGAUUGAUGUAUCUGCACCAUAUCUGAAAUUCUUCACUAUUGACGAUGCCGAGAUCCCUCUCGAGUUCGUAGAGCUGAGCCUUCCUUCACUCGAUUGUGCUGAUGUUCGUAUGAACAGAAGUUCGGACUUCGAGUUGAUUGCCUUGUUCUUUGGUGUGCACAAGGCAAAAUCUCUGACGCUGGAUUCAAAAACCAUCCAGAUACUGAAGAAGAUCCAUGAUGAAUUGCCUGAACAACAGCCAUCGAAGGGAUUGAAGUCCUUGAUCUUGAUGUCCAACAGUGUAUCAUGCAUAAGAGUUGUCAAUCGCUUUCCUCAGGAUCCUCUAGUGAAGAACCGGCUUCUAGACAUAAUUAGUUGUUACAAUGAGUAUGAACUCAAUUUGUAG